UUGGGAGUCUAUAAGUCUCCGGGUCUCUGCUUCCCUCAUAAUAAGUUCAUAGUUUACUUCUUUUGGCAAUCAUACCACCCCAUCCACACACAUACAUCUUGUCGCCCACAUACAACAUGUCAGAUCAACCUAGGCUCGCCACGCUUGAUAGCUCGAUCGUCGAUCGUCUACCUGCUUAUUCAAAGUCCCUCUUCGACGCCAAGACCGAAAAGGGUUUGAGCUUCGAGUCCCUCGCUCAGCAGCUUGGCCGUAGUGAAGUCGCGGUUGCCGCCAUCUUUUAUGGCCAGGCCCAAGCGUCUGCUGAGGAUGCCGAAAAGCUUUCACAGAUUCUCGGCGUGCCCAAGGAGAGUUUCGUUGCCCAGAUGACGGGGUUCCCGGACAGGGGCAGAGCAGGACCCAUGCCUCCUGUCGAGCCUCUGAUCUAUCGGCUCUACGAGAUCGUGCAGAACUAUGGCUACGCCUACAAGGCCAUCCUGAACGAGAAAUUUGGCGAUGGUAUCAUGAGUGCUAUCUGCUUCAACACCAAGGUCGAGAAGGAGGUCGAUGAGGCUGGCGCCGCAUGGGUUAUCAUCACACUCAAGGGCAAAUGGCUUCCCUUCACUCGGUUCUAAUGCAGCGAUAUCCUUGGUGGCUGGAGUCUCAUUU